AUGGCCAGUGCAAAUUAUACAAGAGUCACCGAGUUCAUCUUCACAGGGUUGAGUUCUAGCCCCCAGUUACAGGUCUUCCUCUUCCUGAUCUUCCUGAGUUUCUAUACCAUCAACCUAACUGGGAACCUAGGAAUGAUCAUUCUGAUACGGAUCGAUUCCCGCCUCCACACCCCCAUGUACUUCUUCCUCAGUCACUUGUCCUUUGUGGACAUUUGUUUCUCCUCAGUUGUGAGCCCCAAGAUGCUCACUGACUUCUUUCUGAAGAGGAAGACCAUUUCUUUCUUGGGUUGUGCUUUGCAGCAGUGGUUCUUUGGCUUCUUUGUGGCGGCAGAGUGCUUCCUCCUAGCUUCCAUGGCCUACGACCGCUAUGUCGCCAUCUGCAACCCAUUGCUCUACUCAGUUGCCAUGUCCCAGAGACUCUGUGUCCAGCUAGUUGUGGGUCCCUAUGUCAUUGGGUUCGUGAACACCAUGACUCACACAACGAAUGCAUUUCGUCUCCCUUUCUGUGGCCCCAAUGUCAUCAAUCAUUUCUUCUGUGACAUGUCCCCUUUACUUUCCCUUGCAUGCGCUGACACUUGGCUCAAUAAGCUGGUUGUCUUUGUCGUGGCUGGAGCUGUGGGUGUCUUCAGUGGUUUGACUAUCCUAGUCUCCUACAUUUACAUCCUCAUUGCCAUCCUAAGGAUCCGCUCUGCUGAGGGGAGACGCAAGGCCUUUUCUACCUGCUCUUCUCACCUGACAGCAGUUUCCAUCCUGUAUGGGACUCUCUUCUUCAUUUAUGUACGGCCUAGCGCAAGCUUCUCCUUGGAUAUCAAUAAAGUGGUCUCCGUGUUUUACACAGCUGUGAUUCCCAUGUUGAAUCCACUUAUCUACAGCCUGAGGAAUAAGGAGGUCAAAGAUGCCAUCUAUAGAACUGUGACCAAGAGGAAGUUCUGUAAGGCCUAA